ACUCGUGUGCGGGCGACGUGGUGCGCAUCCAGAGGAACUCGCUGCGCGCGGGCCGCGAUGCGGGGCUGAUCCGGAUCUGGAGCCUAACCCCGCUGCUUCAGCAUCAACACUGACUUGUCCUGCUUAGCAUGGCUGUGCGCAGCAACUCUCUGGUGCCGUUCUCCAUCCAAGCCAUUCUGAACCGAAAAGAGGAGGCUCGGCAUAUGAGCGAUCUGGAUGUCUGUUUCUCCAAAAGCGCUUGUUGGAAAAUCUUGGAUGACAUGGAUGCACCGGACAGAAGCGACGAGAGAGAGCACAAGAGCUACGACUCGGACUCCGGGCUGAGCGAGGACAACGACAGUAAAGCGCAAACCGACGCGAAGCCUGAAAAAGACGCAGAUUUAGCGGACGACACGGAUCCGGAGCGCUGCGUGUCCGACUGUAAGGCCGGCGAGGAGAAGAGCAGAGAUCAGCCCAAGCAGCGGAAGAAGCGCUCUCGCGCCGCGUUCUCCCACGCGCAGGUGUUCGAGCUCGAGCGGCGCUUCAAUCAUCAGCGCUAUCUGUCGGGCCCGGAGCGCGCGGACCUCGCCGCCUCGCUCAAGCUCACCGAGACGCAGGUCAAGAUCUGGUUCCAGAACCGACGCUACAAAACCAAGCGACGCCAGAUGGCCGCCGAUCUGCUGGCCUCGGCCCCGGCGGCGAGGAAAGUGGCGGUGAAGGUGCUGGUGCGCGACGACCGGCGACAGUACAGCCCCGGAGACCUGCUCCGUCCGCCGGUGCUCUCACUGCAGCCGCCCUGUUAUUACCCCUACACCUACUGCCUGCCCGCCUGGAGCCUGUCCUCCUCCUGCGCCGGGAGCCUGUGACCCCGGGACUCAUGCAUAUUUAUUACUGAACACACCGACCGAGGAGCUGAAACCGGGAGAUUUAUUCGCAGGACCGGCUCCGCGUUUGGGCCGAACCCGCCGGGACUAUACCUGUUUAACUCGCUAUAAAUCACCGUUAGGAUCUGAUUGCAGAAUGCAUGGGAAAUGUGUCGGAUUUGAGCAAAACACUCUCUCUUCUGCACUUGAUGUCGUUACCGGUGAGACCGGCACGUUCCGCACAGUGCAGCAUAUUAAAACCGGAGGAAAUACUGCUUUGCUGGACUCAAAGUGAGCGAGCCGUGAACUCUCCACGAUUACUCCACAUGUAUGUUUUCAUAUCAGUGUAACGUGUUUUGUUUAAUGCAAAAGAAAUCAAACAUUAAAACACAC